UCCACCUUGUUAAAAGACUCUAAAUAUUGUAAUUUGGCCGCUCAACAACAAUUCGAUUGUUCAACUCUAUUUCAACAAAUAUUGACCGAUACCGGACUCUGUUAUACUUUUAAUCAAAUGAGUUCCCAUGAAAUUUAUAACGUUGAUUUGUUGGCUGAUGAUUUUCCCAAAGUUGAUGAAUUUACACUGUCCUAUUGGCAUCUGAAAGAUUUUACCGUUAACGGAACAUUGGAAAUGCGUAACUUAUCGUAUCCAUAUCGAAUGCGAAAUGCUGGCAAAGGUUUGGAAUUGAGUAUGUUAGUGCCGAAAACGGAAAAUGAUUUUUUAUGCAGUGAAUUGCUUCAAGGUUUUAAAGUGCAAAUCCACUCGGCUGAUGAAGUGCCACGAUUGAAAAAGCAUUUUUAUCACAUUCCAUUUGAUCACGAUGUACGCAUCACAAUUAAUCCAAAUUUAAUGAUGACAUCACCAAGCUUGAUCAAAAAUUACAGCCAAAAACAACGGAAGUGCAUCGCCGAAAAUGAACACAAUCUCAGCUUUUUCAAAAAAUAUACGCAACGCAAUUGUCAUUUGGAUAUUUUGGCCAUUGAAACGAAUCAAAUUUGUGGCUGCGUCUUGUUUUGGAUGCCACGAUUCAAUAGCACAAAGGUGUGUAGUUUUUACCAACAAUUCAAAUGCGUCGAGCACGUCGAAAAUUCAUUGUACAAUGCAAAUUUAACAUCAAAAUGCUUACCAGUCUGCGACUCAAUAACCUAUGAUGCCGAAAUCUCAAUAUCGAAAAUUGAAUUGAAAGCUUUGAGCAAAUUUGUUCCAGAAGGUUUUAAAAUCAUAAAAAUGAGCGUUUUGUUCAAGGAUCAACAGUAUUUUGGGUCGCUUCGUUCUGAAUUAUAUGGGACAUUGGACUUCUUGGCCGCGUGCGGAGGUAUCCUGAGCUUAUUUAUGGGCAUUUCGCUUCUUAGCUUCAUCGAAAUUAUGUACUUUGCCACUUUGCGACUCACUUGCAAUUUGCACAAACGAAAUUUGGCCAAGAAACGAAUGGUGGCCCAACAAAAUAUUUUAAAUAAUCAAAUUGAUUGAAUUACAUACAGUUUUGAAACUUCUUUUCUAAGAUAU